AUGGCUGCCUUCAGCGAUGUCGGGGCAGUUUGUUCAGUGCCGUCAUGUGGUCAACAGGAUUUCUUGCCCACGACAUGCUUCGCCUGCAAACGCCCAUUCUGCAAGGACCACUACCGUGCAGAGCUGCACGGCUGUGAAGCGUCGAGCGAGUCGGUGCUGCUGGAGGUCCCGAGCCCGAAACGCACGAGCGGCGCGUCGUGUGCUGCGCCAGGGUGCAAGGAGCAAAUCAGCGUGCACAACGGCCUGCAGUGUGCAAGGUGUGGCCAGGUGGUAUGUGUGCAUCACCGCUUCGAAGACCAACACCCAUGCGUGGACUUAGAGGCUGCGGUGAAGAAAGCUUUGGCGGAGGCACAGUCGAGCUUGAGGCCAGAGGAAUUUUCCGAAGCUGUUCGCACGUUAACAAAAAUUUUCGACAAUAUUCUGUCCCAGCCCAAGAAUGCGAAGUUCCGGAGCUUGAGAAAGGAAAACGCCGUGGUCAAGGAGAAGCUGAAACACCCCUCCUGUUUGGCAUCACUGCGACUAUGUGGCUUUGUUGAGGAUGCUGAUGUUUUUGUUUGCCCCGACUCCGUGGAUUUAAGCACGAUGCGCCGGGUUUGCACACAGCUCAAGGCUGUGCCUCUCUCUGAGGGUGUGCGGCUCGUGGAUGGAGUCAUCGUGCGACCACCCAAGGUGGAAGCACAGGGAGCUCCAGUGCAAAGCCGAGGCUACUCCGACAUAUCUUCAAGGUCCGCUCCUGCUGGUGGAGGAAAGCAGCGCCCAACAAAGUCUGCCUUUGAUUUCCAGCGUCGGGAGCGCGACACACAGCAGGCACAGAUGGAUGACCUCCAGGAACUGAGGCGUCAGCGAAAGGAGCAGUACCAAGCGGGCCCGAAAUCAGAAGGAGGCCGUGGGCCCGCAGUGCCAAGGCCGCAGGCGCCGGCGCCGAGCUCGGCGCCGCAGCCCUCGUCAGCUGAUGGAUGCUGCCUCCAGCAGCUCGGUUGGCUGGGGCAGAUGACCAUGGAUGGCCUUGACGGAGCUGUGAUUGUUCAAUCCACAUGCCAUCGGCCCAAGGUCUCCGAUACGACCUACCACGACCCAAGUGUUUGCGUUUGGGGUAGACUGUCCUGUGGGUCCAAGGCCUGCUCACUCAAAGCUGAUGAGGACACCAGCAGUGAGGAGUACGACCAUUCCCGAGAUGAUCUCUUGACGAGCCUUGCUCAAAAACGAGCCCAUGUGGACCAGGGCCAUGUGAUUUCUGAGAAGGACGUCCUUGAGGUAGAUGUGCAACACAACACCUACGGUGCAAUCACCUUGGCACUGGCACAAGCCUUCGAUGACAACUAUGUGCGGGAGCACGGCAGACAUCAGGUCCUGGGCCGCAUUGCCAAUGGCAUCCUGCUCUUCAUUUUGGGGUCUUUGAUCCAAAUUGUCCUGGUCGGGCUUUUGUUCUUGUUCUCCGAAGAGCGAAUGCAAGAUCCCUACGAGAUUCUGGGCACACGCACACUGGCAGAGGACGCAGUGCUGGUGUGCGCCUUCCUGGCCUUGAGAGGAUUCGUUCAUGGCCCCGAAUGUGAAGCCCAGCAGGACCUCUAUGAUGCUAUGGAGAAGAAUGAGAAACUCCCAGAGUCCAAUGCGGCUGUGGGGCUGUGCUUGAAAGACCACAGUGUACCAUGGUCCCAGUCCAUGGUAACCUUCGUGUGGCUUUGCAAGUGCACGCCAGCCAUUGUGAAUGCAGCUGCGGGGUCGCUGGUCAUUGCCUCUAUGCCCAGAGUGGGGACUAUAACAAUCAACAGCAAGCAGGGGAAGCUGCAAAUCUGUAGCCUCCCCUUGAUUGCAAAGUUGAUCACCAUCUUCAUGGUGCAACUGCCUUUGCUGGCCAUUGAUCUCCUGCUGGCUUUGGUGGGCAUGAAGUUCUUGAUGUAUUGCAAUGCACUUGGCAAACUGAUUGUCAAGGCGAUCAGCCUGUCCUUUAUCGAGACUGUCUCAGGUGUUGUUUUUGAUGGAUUGGCGUCCAAAGCCUUUCAGAGUGAAGUAAAAAGAACCUCUGUGGUGGCAAUCUCGGGAAAGGGCCCUAUGCAUUUGGAAUCCUGGUUCUCUGGGCUCUUGAGAAUCAUCUUCAUUGUCGGAGUGACUCUUUGGUAUUGCCGCAUGAAACAUGGUGGUCUUCAGGAUUUUCGCCUGGCAUGUUUUCAGUACAAGUAUCAAUUUAUAUUUCCAGAUUGUGGAUAUUGCGGUUUGGAUUUCUUCGGCAUCCAUUUGGCAAAUUGA